AUAACCAAGGAGCUUCAUUUUGACACAUGACAAAUUCGGGCAGUCAAGAUGUAAACAAGACGAAUAUUUGUUUUGAGGAGUUUUAAAGAAGGACAUAGCCUCUUGGAUCAUAAAAAGAUGUCUGAUGAAGUAAACGCGGAUCAUAAUUACAGGUCAGAACGUCAAAGCCUACUGUUUGGAUUGAAGGCAGUUACAGAGGGGCUUUUAUCCGGACAGAGCAGCAAUGUUUGGAACAUCCAUGGAGGACUUAACAGAAUGUGUGUUCAACUGGAACACAUUAUGUAUCAUGGUUUGAAGAGUAUCAAGGGAAAUUUUGGGAUAGAGUUGGAUUUCUGGCCAUUUGUGUACAGUCUUAAGAUGUUGAACCCAGUCUUGGCCCCUGCCUUAGACAAGGUCAACCGAUCAGGAGGAAAUAAAGGGUCAAUGUGGCUGAGAGAAAGUUUAAGGGAUCACACCCUGUCCUCGCAGUUGUCUACCUUGGUGUGCAACAAAUCACUGAUGAAAAGGUUUUACAGUGACUUGGCAUUCCUGAAUGAUGCACAAUACUUCAAAGCUCUUUGUGUUUGCUUAAAAGCUAUUGAACUCAACCAAAUUUCCUUGUUGGCUGAACUAGACCUAAAACUGCUUAGUAAUAACCAUGAACCUAACAUGAGGGGGUCGAGGAGUAGAUCUUGGGCUGUACCAGAAAGAAAACAUCACUUAUCGACCAGUGAGGGAAAAUCAAGCUCCCAUGGUGCCAUGGCUUUGGCACCACCAUUUGCAUCUCCAAAAAAGGAGAGUAUCUUGUGUAUGUCAGAUGAGCAUGCUGUUCCUUCUUCAAUCAGAGCAAGCACAAGCCCUGAGGACACAAAGAACAUGGCUCGUGAAUCUUUGAGAACAGUUCUACGGAAAUCUGGUUCCGACUCCCCAACUGGGGAUGCCCCUGACUUUAGUUUCUAUGACAACCUCAACAGUGACCCAUUAUUGAAUAUAGAGUUUAGUGAAAAUGCGGCCACUGAUAGUGAGAAUUCACAUGCAGAAGUGGGAUCUGGUGAACGCAUUGUCAAUUCAAGUGCAAAGAAGGCCAUAGUGAGGAGCCAGUCAGAUACAGGGAUGUCAAAAACUUUAACUGUGAUUAAAAAUAUAUACAAAGACAACGAGGACUUUGAGCCCGGAAAGUCAGGGACUGUGAACAGGCUCGAGGAUAUUUUUUCUGACUCUGAGUGCCCCAAAAAGGGGGAAGAAGAAAAUGUCAAGGUCAAAGCAAAAUCAAAAGGGCAUAAAAGGUCAAGGUCAGAUCAUGGAGGUAUAAAAGUGGAGAAAGGACCCCAGAAAGAAAAAGGAAAAGUGCCAAAUAAAACUCAGAGAGAAGAUUCAUCUGAACCAGCAAGUAAAGAUAUACCAGGGGAGACAACUUUCAGGCAGCCUGUACAUGGUCAGUCCCUCAUCAACUACCUGUCUUCUCAGGAUUUUAACACCUGUGCCAAUCUAGACAAGGAGAAUGCACAUUUCAGUAUAUCUGAGGCAUUGAUAGCAGCCAUAGAACAAAUGAAGUGGAACCACGUCAUAAGUCCGAAGGACCGUGAGGAUCCUGAGGAGGAAGACUCGGACGAGGAAAUCAACAAACUGAAGCAGCGAAUCCGCAUCCGCAAACAGCAGAAACUAAGGGAGAAAGCCAAAUUUUUCCCUACAUCCAGUGAUGGACUUACUGAAACGGCUACAACUAGCAAGAGUCCCUCUUCAGUGUUAAAUUCUUCCUGUCAAGAUAACACAGAUAGCAGUAAUUCAGACAUUGAGGUGGAUGAAAUCAAUCUAACAAUUUCAGACAAUGAGCAAGACAAUGAGACCAAUCUGAGUUUGAUCAAAUCUGAGGGUCUUUCACUGUCCCUUGCCUCCCUGUACUCAGAUGCAGAUUUACAGAAAGUGAAGCCAGAUAGACAAAGCUCUAUGGAGAUAUCUGACCAAUCUGGCAUGUCAGCAGAGUCGGUAGCCAUUUUGUUGUUAAAGAAAUUCUCGGAAAAGCAGCUUCCAAAGGCAUCCGAGCUGGAGUGGCUGGUACCUAUAUCUGAGGCUCCACAGGAGUUACUUCCCUUACCAAAGUCAUAUCCAGUAUCUCCAGAUGAUAUUGAAAAUGAGAUUGGAGGAUUCACAAACUCGCUGUUUGGGACAUUGAGAUUGAGAGGGAACAAUGAAUGGGCUCCUCCCAGAUCACAGAUCAUCUUUGACAUCCAUCCAUAUCAAAAGAGAGCUGUUGUUAUGGCAAAGCAAAAUUUCCGGUGUGCUGGAUGUGGAACCCGAGUUGAACCAGCCUAUAUUAAAAGAUUCCGAUACUGUGAAUAUCUAGGGAAAUACUUUUGUCAGUGUUGUCAUAGAAACGAAAUCAACUACAUUCCGGGGCAUAUAAUCAGGAAGUGGGAUUUUAAACAGUAUCCAGUGUCCAAUUUCUCUUGGAGAUUACUUUCAAGGAUUUUUAAUGAACCUUAUUUUAACCUAAGUACAAUUAAUCCAUCACUGUUCAAACGAGUGAAGUUGUUGGAGACAGUCCAUGCUUUUAGAGUGCAGCUCAUGUAUCUGUGUAAAUUUCUCAGAAUUUGUAAAUAUUCAGAAAGUCUGGUUGGUGAUAUAAAUGCAGAGCCCUCACAUUGGUAUGAAGAUGUGGACGUCUACUCCAUUAGUGACCUUGUUGGUAUAAAGAACAGUUCUAUAGUGACAAAGCUGAAGGAUUUAGUGACAAAGUCCAUAGAUCACGUGGAGCAGUGUUCGUUCUGUCAGGGCUUUGGCUACAUCUGUGAGCUGUGUGGAGAUGAGAGUGAUAUCAUCUACCCAUUCCAGUUGCAGACUGUCGUUGUUUGCAAAGAUUGCACAUCAUGUUUCCAUAAAGGGUGUUAUGUAGAGGGAAAGUGUCCCAAAUGUAUCAGGAUUGAAGCAAGAAGGCAGAGACAAUUGCUGGAAACGAAGAUCUUUGAUUCCUCAGAAGAAGAGAGCGGAAGUUAAGACUGCAACUAAUAGUGAAAUAGUGCAAUUAUUGUGAUAUUUUUCUUUGAAUUUAAUCUUUUAAUUUUUUGUUGUUGAAAUCCUGUAUAAAAUUUAUUUGUUUUUUAAUAAUAUAAGUGAGUGAAUUUAUCCUUUUAACUAUAAAAUAAAACCAUUGAUUAAUUAAAUCAAAUCAAACUGAUCACUCAGUAAUACAAUUAAAAAAUAUGCUUUUUAUUUUCAUUUUGAAAUGUAUGUUUUUUUAUAUAUCAUUAUGGAACAUUAACAGCUGUUUAUUAUUAUUGGCUAGCUUUAUAUUUAAGGCAGGUUAGAGUAAUAUGAUUUAUAUACCACGUACCAGUUUUCAUUUCUGCAGACAUUGUGUAUUGUUGGUUUACUUAAUGAAAUCAACAUACUGCAAUAUUGUUUAAAAUCAAUUUUGAAAUAAAUUAUUUAAUUUACAAUUGUUUUAAUUUUCUAUCGUUUGAAUUUAUAUCAAAUACUAAUAUCAGUUUAUAGUUAAGCAGCAGAUUUCUAGCUCUCUGGGAAAACCUUUUGGACCUGAGUAAGUGAUAUUGUAGAUAAUAGUGAUACUGUAGAUACUAUUUGUUUGAUACUGUAUAUUCAUGUACUAGAUAUGUGAUACUGUAAAAGUGGUUACGCUGGAAGUAAGGUACGCUUUUUUUUGAACAGUUGAACAGUUUAUUUUAUCUCUUUGGUUGUAAUUUACAACAUAGAGAAUAUGACAAACAUAUACACAAUAUAUACUUCAUGCGUAAGUAGAGAAAAAAAGUAAACAAUUAUAGUUGUUCUCUACAAAAUAUAUAUGUAGCAUUAAUGUACAAUUUUUAUUAUGUAGAUUAAUAACCAGGAGGUUAAGCCUUCUAGUUAACAAUACUUAUAAAUUUACAUAACUUGCUUAAUAAGCUUACAUUGUUUGAGGAAAAAAGCUUGGUAAAUUUAACAAUAUAUGGUCUAAAAAGAUAAAUAUUUGGUAUAUACUUUUCUCUUUCGUUUUUCAAUACAGUGCAACACAAAAUAUAGUGAAAAUCAUCUCCAAAGUCUCUGUUUAAAAAAUUACAUAACCUGUUACUUCUUUCUAUGUCAUCCAUCUCUCAGUUUCAAUAGGUAAUUUAUGGUUUGAAGUUCGAAAUCUAGCUAAAACUUGUUUCAUAUAAUUACUUAAAUUAGAAUUAACAUACGGUUGGCAUCUAAAGUCUAAAUUAGUAAACACUUUAUAUAUAUAACACCUUUUGAAGAAUUAUUGCAGAUUGAUUCCCAGUUUUGUUGAAACUGAUCUGUUAGUUUUUGUUUUAAGCUUUUGAUUAGCCAAUCAUGAUUAACUUCUUGGUUAUUCAUCCAAUUAUUACUGUACCCACUGUCAUCUAAAAUUGAUUUCAAGUUUUUAGCCAUUUGGAUUCUUUACCAUUCACAUAUUUAGCAUAAAGUAAAUAUACAUUAUGUAACAAUAUUUUGACUGUUUUCCAUGAAUAAUUGUUAACCAAUAUGCAAUAAUUCUUGUCUUGAUGUGUACAAUUAAUGGUACUUUAAUGGUAUAUUCAAGGCAGGUUAGAGUAAUAUGAUUUAUAUACAACAUACCAGUUUUCAUUUCUGCAGACAUUGUGUGUUGUUGGUUAAUGAAAUCAACAUACUGCAAUAUUAUUCAAAAUCAAGUGUUGAAAUAAAUUAUUCAAUUUAC